AUCAGGUUUCUAAGGAGUUUCUUUAAGGGGGACGAGACGAAAAAAACCACCUUACGAAACUCGUCUCGUGAGAAUUUGGGGUACGCGCUCGUUGUGUCCGUCCUUUAUUCGCAAAAUAAUCGUUUGAGCAGCCCGCCUAGUAUACUUCAGUCGGUCACCACGUGCUUUCGCGUAAAGGAGUCUCCUUAAUCGCGUUCGUGAGUGUUGUAUGGUGUUAAUUAGUAAAUUUAUCGAUCGUUUUCUUUGCAAAUUACCUUUGUCUGUGAAUAUUCGUUUAGUGUGUAAUUGGAAAUAUGUCGUUCUCUAGGAAGUACUUUAAAAGGGUGCCGAUUUACGUAGUAGAGGCUCAUGACGAAGUUUUACCGUUUAUUUACCGUUGUUUGGGAUCGAAACACCUUCCGUUUGAAGCAAACGUGUUUGUGCAUUUGGAUUCUCAUCCCGACAUGCUUAUUCCGAAAACAAUGUUGGCGGAUACUGUGUGGGACAAGGAUGAAUUAUUCAGUGAAAUAAGCAUCGAAAAUUGGAUACUACCUGCUGCGUAUGCGGGUCAUUUUAAGCACCUCAUCUGGGUUAAACCACCGUGGGCAAAUCAGAUGGCCGAUGGCGUAACAACCUUCUUCAUCGGCAAGCAUAAGGCCAACGGAUCAAUAAGGCUCACGUGCCCCGAACCGUAUUUCGUCAGCGAGGGCCUGUACACCACGAUGGAGGAGCUGGAGAACACGCGCGAGGUUACCCUACACGUGAUGACCAUCGGCGGCUUCAUCGAUGAUCCGGCGAAGAGAGACGAUUUUACCGCUAUUAGUUCAGCUCUACGACAGUAUCUUCCCGAACGGGAUACUCCUUACAUUUUGGACGUCGAUCUGGAUUUCUUCAGCACUAAAAAUCCCUUCAAAACGCUGUACGAUCGUGUCAAUCUCUACGACAAGCUUGCAUCCCUCUACGCUUUUGCACGUCCAGAUUCAACAGAUCCUGAGGUCCUGAAAGAGGCAACUGAUGCGAGAAACGAACAACUCAACGAACUGGAGAGCCUGUUUAACUAUUUGGAUGAGCAUCGAAGUCUACAGGGUUACGAAGGCGAGAAGUCAUCACGAUACGAAGCAGUGGAAUUAAUUUAUCGUGAGUUGACCAGCGUGUACAAGCAAUCGGAAAUCGAUUGGAAGAUAAUACACGAUGCAGGCUGCACCAGAGAUGAUACCGAUUUACCUGAUCACGUUACCAAGCCGCAAGAUCUCGAUCGCUUGAUUACUGGAACGUUUAGAUCAUUCUUGGCUGCUUUACCAGCUCCGCCGACCAUUGUAACAAUUGCAAGAUCUAGCGAAGACGAGUACUGUCCCAUAGAAGACGUUGAUCAAAUACAACUAGGAGUUCUCGACGAACUUCGUCAACGUCUGGAAAACGUCGACAUCCAAUUGGCAUACCAGGAAGAGGAAACGCAUUAAGUAUUUCAAAAUAAAAUAUCCUUCCCCUUUCAUAAUGUAUGAAACACUCAUUUUAAUACAAAAAAGGUUUCCAUCGUA